UCCCACGGCGCGGCCCCCGGCUACAGACAAACGCCGCUUCGUCACGUUUCCCCGGUGCAGUUCCCUAUUUAAGAGCAGCAGCGGGCGCGCGGGCACACUAGUUGGAUCGACGGUGAUACCCACGCAGUGCACAGUGGAAGCUGAAUAUCCAUCACCAUGCCAUCAGUGGACUUGUAUCAUGUUCCUGGCAGUGCUCCUUGCAGAGCAGUCCGGAUGGUGGCCAAAGCUGUGGGUGUUGACCUCAACUUGAAAGUUGUGAACCUCAUGGCAGGUGAACAGCUUAAACCAGAGUUUCUGAAGAUGAAUCCAAUGCACACAGUUCCUACAAUUGAUGACAAUGGCUUUUACCUUUGGGAGAGCCGUGCCAUCAUUGGCUACCUGGUGGAUCAGUAUGCCAAAGAUGACUCUCUCUAUCCUAAGGAAGCGAAGAAGAGAGGGUUGGUGAAUCAAAGACUGUUCUUUGACAUCGGAACACUUUACGCCAGAUUUGCUGAUUAUUAUUAUCCUGUAGUUUUUGCUGGAGCAAGCUACGAUCCAGAGAAAUUAAAGAAACUUGAAGAAGCAUAUGAGUUCCUGAACAAAUUCUUAGAAGACAAUGAAUGGGUAGCUGGUAACUCCAUCACAAUUGCUGAUUACUCCCUAAUGGCAUCAGUCAGUACAGCAGAGGUUAUUGGCUUUGAUAUAAAGAAAUACUCUAAAGUUGCAGAUUGGUUUGAGCGAGCAAAGAAAGCAAUUCCGUCCUAUGAAGAAACUAACCAUGCAGGAGCCUUAGAAUUUAAGAAACUGUUUGAGUCAAUGACUGCCAAGAAGUAAGACUGAAACUGCAGAAGAAAUUGGUGAUAAGACUGUCAACUCAGUGACAUUAAUUUACUCACUUGACACUUUCAUUUGAGAUCAUAACCAUUGUAUUUAUAUUCCUAUUUACUUCAUAUUGAUAAUAAAAUGAAAAAUUGAAAUAUA